AUGUUUGUACCUUUGAGACGAGUCUUGCCUGUGAUUAUAGUCACUAUACUGUUGAUAUACGAUGACCGAGUCUCUAUACCGUCGUGCGAUGUGGUACCUGCCGUCGAUCACGAGGGGGGACUCGUGGAUGAACAAAAUCAUCCGGAGGAUCUGAAGGUGAUGUUGGUGGCGAAUUUGCUACUCUUGGGGUCCGAAGCGGGUUGGGCGAACAUCUGCUUCAGAGAUUAUCACUUGUCCAAAUUCUUUAGGAAAUCAUUUGAAAUCUUGAGGCCUGAUAUGCUGCUUGUAUUAGGAGAUGUUUCUGCCAGAGGAGCAGAUUUGAGUAGAAGUAAGUGGUCAUCUGUGGUUCAGCAGUUUCAUGAGUUGAUGGGCCCAUUUCUUAGCCUACCUUUUCAUGUUACCCUUGGGGAUAGGGACAUCGGGGAUUGCAGUGGGCUAAAUGCAGAAUCUGUUAGUUGGAUAGCGAGCAAUUUCCCAGGAUUGGAUUCAGCUGGUACUGGUGCCUUUGAAAUCAGCAACAUUAGCUUUGUCUCACUCAAUGCCGUUGCAUUGGCUUGCAGCAACAAUGCACUACGUUUUAGUGUUGAAAAAAUAGUGGAGAGAGAAAGCAUAGAAUUGCAAAUGGACGUUGAGCACACAAAAGAAAUGAUAAAUGAGUCUAGCAAAGUUGGGUUACCUUCCGUUGACGUUGGGUGGCGAGAGAAUGCCAUUACUUCUGGUUCUGGUCCUGUCGUCUUACUUCACUUUCCAUUGCACCAGAUUGCAAGCAACAACUGUUUGGGAGGCAACGCCUAUGAGGGAACAUCUACAUGUUUACAUGAGAAUGCAAAAACAUCGAAGCACAGGAGGCUUGUUGAAACGGGGCCAUAUGAGUUAUCACACACUCUCCCACCAAAUGCCACAGAAUACAUCUUUCAAGCCCUUAGGCCAAGAAUUGUUUUCAGUGCCCACACCCAUAGAUUUUAUGAUCACACUCAUUCAGACGGUACCCGUGAGAUCACUGUUCCUGCUAUGUCUUGGGAUGCCAGGAAUGACCCUGGUUUUGUUGUUGCCUCUUUCAAAAGGAAUGGAAGAGCGGUAACUGUCAGCCAUUGCACUCUUGCUAGGGAAUCUCAAGUAGUAAUUACUUAUGUUUCUUUUCUGGUUUUGUUUACAUCAACUAUGAUUUUAGUAAACAAACCACUUUUAACAUGUAAGGGAAGGUAA